UAGAACUUAAUCCAAACGAUUUGUUGAUUUUGCAUCCCUUGCCGGCAAUUGGAGAUUAUCAACUUGUUUGUUUCAUUCAAUUUUGUUCAUUCUGUCCUAACAGGCAAAUCUUCUAGCAGUAACAUGGUAGAGCCACCAGCCAGCAGCAGCAAAGAAGCCAUUGCCCGCCUAAAGGAGUUUGGAUAUGGCUUUAAUGGUUCCGGCGUACUGUGUAAAAUUGAUCCAGCCACAGGCGAAGUUGGCGCAGAACCUUAUCAGUUUAAAAUAAGCGAGAAUCAGGCCGAGAAUAAAGAACACUAUGAGAAGCUGGCUAGUCAAAUUCCAGAAAUCAUAUACGAGCUGUUAGAAAUAAAUGGCCUCGAGAGGACAUACAUACCUUUUAACACACCCAUAGAACGCUCCACAUUUGUGUUUUCACAGCCACAGCCUUUGUCUCACUCGAAAAAACUGAUCGUUUUUAUUAACGGCUCAGGAUAUGUGCUUGCCGGUCAAUGGGCUAGAAAAUUGAUUAUAAACAAUUCGCUGGAUCACGGAACAAUGUUGCCGUACAUUAGGAGGGCACAGAAUCUGGGCUACGAUAUCUUGGUGACCAACACCAAUGACAAUCAACGCUUCAUAAAUAACAAGUAUAAACCUAUUAAGGGAGUCAGUGAACCCGAAAGUCAUGCAGCAUAUGUCUGGGAGCAUAUUGUGAUGCCAUCGAAUCCGGAAUGUGUGGCCAUUGUGGCACAUAGUUAUGGCGCCUGCAUCACCAAAUAUCUGACGGAAAAGUUUACCGAUUUCUUUAAGGAGAAAGUGUUUGCCAUUGCUUUGACCGACGGAGUAAUCGGAUACCCACCGGCCGGUUGUAAGGAACACUUCAUCGAUGUGGCCUGCAAUUGGGCCUCUAGCCAUGAGCCACUUGAUACUAAUUUAAGAGAGGGCGAUUGUACCGACGACUAUAAGCGAGUAUCUGCUGGUCAUCCGCUACACGAGUGGAGCUCCUAUUCGGCCAUGGACUCGGUCUUUACUUUCUUUGAGAAAAAGUACGAACAGAGACAAGCGAAGACAACAUCUCAGUAACAUUUUGCUACUCAAUACUUUUAUAUAUUGUCCGAAAUUGUGAAUAUAUUAUUAGAUUUUUUCAUCUUUCUAAA